AUGGAAGAUCUCAAAGGAAAGAAGAUUGUCACUUGGGGAAAAUCAAACAAAGAUGAUCGUCGUGAGGUUUCUCCUCCACCGGGUUUCCCUCCAUGUACAAAGCCUCGUUCAUGCGAUCGCGAAGUUUCUCCUCCGCCGGGUUUCCCUCGUUGUGCAAAGACCGAUCAGAAGACUGAUAAAGGGAAAGAGAAAGAGGUGAGGAAAGCUCCGGAAAGUAAAGCUAUACCUCACUCCGCUACAAGAGAGAAAAGCAGCAAGUGUCCACUCCCUUUAGCACCAAAGCCUGGUGUUAAGACUACAGCAAAAACACAAAUACUUACAAACAAUAAAAAAGGAGCUCCAAAUAUGAUCCUUUCAAAAGGAAAAGAAAAGUUAGCCCCACUCCAAGCCAUUAAACAUCUUACUCAGACGUAUGCAAAACAAACAGUUGAUCUUGAUCUAAACAUACCUAUUCCUCUUUAUACCAUAUCCGACAAGGUGAUUGCUAAUGCAACUUCAGGCCCUUCAGCUGAAUCUAACAUGGUGGAAUUUGAUAAAAUUGUGAAUUCCAUAGCAAAAGUUUAUCAUGAGCCAAAGGCAACUUCAAUUGCACUGCAUGCACUAUUACUUUCCAGCGAGUUUUGUUCUUCCAAUCCAAGCCUUGAUAUGAUAAUCGUACGUCAAAAGCUUUCAUCACUCCUACCCUUGAAUUUCCAUGUGCUGGUUGAUCCUUCCAAGUUAAACCAACUUGUAACACUUUCUAAAAUGUUACAAAAUGAUACUACCUUGAGUGCUAAUCAACUUGCCAUGCUAAAGUUGAUCGGGGACAUUCCUUCGCUAAGUAAGGACAUCAUUGAAAUAAAGGAGUUAGCUGAGCAAGUGCAAAAGUUCUUCGUUGAUAUAAGAUCUAACUGCUUAAAGGCCAGAUCUUUGUUGGAAGAACACAAAAAAUCCACGGACAAACUCAAAACCCUCCAAGCUGAGGUGAAUGAAAAUGCUUUUUCUCUACAAGGACUUGGUGAAAAAAUCAUAAACCAUAAUGCCCGCCACUCUAUCUUGCUUUGCUCAUUGGAGAUGAAGAAAACUAUCAUAGUGGAGCUGGAGUCCUCUCUCCAAGAAAUCGGAAACCAAAUUCGUAAGGUUUUGGAUGAUAUAAAACUUACCAGCACAAGGAAAAGAGACUGGGAGGUGAAGAAAAAAUUACUGACCGAACGUUGCAACAAAGUUCUAGCCAAGUUUACUCCCCUGAAGGGUUUCACAAUUUAA